UGGGCUAGACCUGGGAGAGCUGGAAGCUGCACGGGACCCCAGCCUGCUGCAGAGUAGUGAGCAUGCUGCGCCUCCUGGUGCCUGUGCCCCGGCUGCUCUGCCUCCGUGGGAGGACCGCCCCUUACUCUUCGGCAGCAGCCCUCCCGAGCCCCAUCCUGCAUCCAGACAUCUGCUACAACCAGCUGUUCAUCAACAACGAGUGGCAAGAUGCAGCCAGCAAGAAGACCUUCCCGGCAGUGAACCCCACCACGGGAGAGGUCAUUGGCCACGUGGCUGAAGGGGACCGGGCUGAUGUGGAUCGCGCCGUGAAAGCAGCCCGCGAAGCCUUCCGCCUGGGGUCUCCCUGGCGCCGGAUGGAUGCCUCAGAGCGGGGCCGGCUGCUAAACCGUCUGGCUGACCUCGUGGAGCGGGAUCGUGUCUACCUGGCCUCGCUGGAGACCUUGGACAACGGGAAGCCUUUCCAGGAGUCUUAUGUCUUGGACCUGGAUGAGGUCAUCAAAGUAUACCGGUACUUCGCCGGCUGGGCUGACAAGUGGCACGGCAAGACCAUCCCCAUGGAUGGCGAGCAUUUCUGCUUCACCCGGCACGAGCCUGUUGGUGUCUGCGGCCAGAUAAUCCCCUGGAACUUCCCCUUGGUCAUGCAGGGCUGGAAGCUCGCCCCAGCGCUUGCCACAGGCAACACUGUGGUCAUGAAGGUGGCAGAGCAGACCCCCCUUUCUGCCCUGUACUUGGCCUCCCUCAUUAAAGAGGCGGGCUUUCCCCCAGGGGUGGUGAACAUCAUCACUGGCUAUGGCCCAACAGCUGGAGCGGCCAUCGCCCAGCACAUGGAUAUCGACAAAGUUGCCUUCACCGGCUCCACUGAGGUGGGCCACCUGAUCCAGAAGGCAGCUGGUGAUUCCAACCUGAAGAGAGUCACCCUGGAGCUGGGCGGGAAGAGCCCCAGCAUCGUGCUGGCCGAUGCUGACCUGGACCAUGCCGUGGAGCAGUGCCACUAAGCCCUGUUCUUCAACAUGGGCCAGUGCUGCUGUGCGGGCUCCCGGACCUUCGUGGAAGAAUCCAUCUAUGAUGAGUUUCUCGAGAGAACCGUGGAGAAGGCUAAGCAGAGAAGAGUCGGGAACCCCUUUGAGCUGGACACUCAGCAGGGGCCCCAGGUGGACAAGGAACAGUUCGAACGAAUCCUGAGCUAUAUCCAGCUUGGCCAGAAAGAGGGGGCCAAACUUCUCUGCGGCGGGGAGCGUUUGGGGGAGCGCGGUUUCUUCAUUAAGCCCACCGUCUUUGGUGGUGUGCAGGAUGACAUGAGGAUCGCCAGAGAGGAGAUCUUUGGGCCUGUGCAGCCCCUGUUUAAAUUUAAGAAGAUCGAGGAGGUGAUCGAGAGGGCCAACAACACCAGGUAUGGCCUGGCUGCCGCCGUGUUCACACGGGACCUGGACAAGGCCAUGUACUUCACACAGGCGCUCCAGGCUGGCACAGUGUGGGUAAACACCUACAACAUUGUCACCUGCCAUACGCCAUUCGGAGGGUUUAAGGAAUCUGGCAAUGGAAGGGAGCUGGGGGAGGAUGGGCUUAAGGCCUACACAGAGGUGAAGACAGUUACCAUCAAGAUUCCUCAGAAGAAUUCAUAAGAAUGUUCCCCAUAGAGACCCUCCUCCAGUCCAGGGAGUCCAUAAUCACCUAGACCAGCAGUUGCCAAAUCAUUUUUUAGCCCCAGACCCCACUUUAUUUGUUUCAGAUGAAUUCUUUGAGGGACGCUCACCAAAUAAAGCAAUUGAAAUGAGAGCUGCUCUUAGUUAAAGCAGGGCUAGGGACUGGGCUCGGAGUUCUCCCCACCUGCCCUUUAGUCCCAGCCCCCUUGGUGGCCCUGAGUUAUUUCUAUGAAAUCUUGGGAGUCUAGAAAAUAGAUUAAAAACCACAGACCUGGACAGUGGCUUUUCGUUCUUGCUUCUGAUCCAAAAACUUACCAGAGGAUUAACCUGACGGCUUAGACAUAGGAUGAGCAGGCAUUAGGAGUUUCAAACUAAGUGGAUGCCAAAUCUUGGCCCCAUUUUUCAGUGACUUAACCUAAAAAUCAAGGAUGCGUUUCCUUUUUAAAGUACUAGUUGCCAGGCUGUUUCGCUAGCUUACCCUACAUUUUGUUACUGAUUUUCCUUCAUUUGAGCGAAGAAGUGGGCAAAAAAUGCAUUUAUAUAACCAUUCCUUUAAAGUAAACAACCCAAGUGUCCAUCAGCUAGUGAGUGGAUAAAUGAAAUGUUUCCAUGGAAUAUUCCUUGUACUACUCAGCCGUAAAAAGGAAUGAAGUACUGACAUGUGCUGUAUGGAUGGACCUUGAAAACAUAGGCUGAGUGGAAGAAGCCAAACAUACAAGGCCACAUAUUGUGUGAUUCCAUAUUUAUGAGAUGUCCUGAAUAGGCAAAUCCAGAGACAGAAAGUACAUCUGUGGUUGCCGGGUAUUGGGGGAGGAGAGAAUGGGGAGUAACUGCCAAUGGGUCUAGGAUGUCUUUUUGGGAGGUUUUGAAGUGUUCUGAAAUGGGAUAGUAGUGAUAGUUGUACAACUUUGUGAGCAUACUAAAAAGUGCUGAAUUGUACAGUGAUUCACAUAAAAGGGUGAAUUUUAUGGUAUGUGAAUUGAUUUCAAUUAAGAAUUAAAUAAAAAAUACUCAUAA